GGCUGGACUAGAAUAUAGAAAUGAAUUUUACAGUAUCUGGUGUAAUUGUGUAAAUGAUCUGGAUGGAGUGUGGCCAUAAUAUUCCUGGUUGUAUUGAAACAACAUCGGGAAAUCUGUAUCGAAAAAACGGUGCACCAAUGCAUUCAGCAGCCAUUCUUGUUGUCCUGCUAACAAUUUAUACCUACUUCGUUGCCAUGGCGAGACCUGGUUUUCUUGUCGAUGCGCGAGCUCAAUUUGCAAAAGAAUGUGGAACCGAAGGGUGUACUGAAAGUAACGUUCGUUGAUUAUUACAACCCUGGAAAAGGAGAUUAUAAUGGCGGUUGCUGUGAUCCGUUUGUUAUUCGAUGUGACGACUGUGACACGUAUUUUCAGAUUUGUUUACAAACAACCAACCCUCCUGUUGCUUCCAUGAAGAAUUGUGAUAUUUAUGUAACAACAAAAAUACAUGAGGACGACAAUUUCAAAUUCUCGACAGCUUUUGGUAGUCAAUUUGGUUGGAAAGGUGAAAGAAACCCGUUGGUGUACCAUUUUGGUGAUUCGUGGGAGAAGCAAGAGGGUCAGUUUGCUAUCAAUAUGGAAGUCUGGGAUAACGAUGGUGGCCAUAUUCUUAAUAUUGGUGGUAAACGGGACUUGAUAGAUAAAGUGUUUAAAGACUAUCGCCGUCUACCUGCUGGCCCUUUAAGUAAGCCCAGAAUAUACCAGAAAACAUUAAUUGGCUCCAGAAGAGGUUCAGAUGUCAAUAACCCCACAAGAACAACAAUAAAGUUAAGUUUACACUGUGAUCCAGAUUAUUACAAUGGCUACUGUUCUCAAUACUGCAAGGCUCAAAAUACUAAUAGCGGGGGACAUUAUACAUGUAAUUAUCGCGGAGAAAAGAUCUGCAUGAGAGGUUGGCAAGGAACGGACUGCAAGGAACCAAUUUGUAAAAGAGAUUGUCAGCAUGGAUAUUGUGCAAAACCUGGGGGAUGCAUAUGUUAUGUCAACUGGAAAGGCGAUAAUUGUGACAAGUGCAUUCCCAGAAAGGGUUGUUAUAAAGGCAAUUGUAAGAAUGGUGAUGAUUGUAUAUGUUUGCCAGAGUGGAGUGGCAGUCUCUGUGAUCAAGAUAUGAACUCAUGCCGCAGUCAACCCUGCCAAAAUGGAGGACGUUGCCAGAACAAUGGGACCAUUUAUUAUUGCCAAUGUACACCCGGUUACUACGGAGAUCAUUGCGAAAAAGAAGUUAAUUUGUGCGCCUCUACACCAUGUUCAAACAAUGCGACUUGCGUGAACUAUCGAACCAACUUCAGAUGUGAAUGUUUUACCGGAUUUGACGGACACCUCUGCGAAAACAACAUAGACGAGUGUAUCUUGAAUAAUUGUGCGAAUGGUGCCAUUUGUGCAGAUGGUAUCAACAAUUAUUCUUGUAUUUGCCAACCUGGUUUCAUGGGUAAAUACUGUACGAUUGACUUGGAUGAAUGCUCCAGUAAUCCAUGCUCAUCUCAUAGCAUUUGUAAAGAUGGCAUCAAUAGCUAUACUUGCAGUUGCUUUGAUGGCUUUAGAGGUCGCCAUUGCGAGGAGAAUAUUGAUGAAUGUCAGGAAAAUCCUUGUCAAAAUAAUGGCAAUUGUACAGACGAAAUAAACGACUAUACAUGCAGCUGUAUUCAAGGUUGGGUGGGGAAAAACUGUUCAUCAAAUCAUGACGAAUGUGCGGGUCAACCGUGUAGAUAUAAUGGCACCUGUCAUGAUGGCAUCAACGACUACAAUUGCUCUUGUGUUGUGGGAUUCGCGGGAAAAGACUGCCAGAUUAAUAUAAAUGACUGUGCGCCCCAACCUUGCCUGCAUAAUGGUGUUUGUGUCGAUCAUGUCAAUUCCUUCAGUUGCCUCUGUAAGACUGGUUUUUCUGGUUUGUUAUGUGAAAUUGAUAUCAAUGAAUGCGAAGACACUCCUUGUGUACAUGGUCGUUGUCAUGAUGGUAUUAACGAAUAUCAUUGCACGUGCUCUGUUGGUUAUAAAGGUCGUAACUGUGAAAUCGAUAUUGACGAAUGUUCAUCAUCACCAUGUUUAAACAAUGCCACGUGCAUUGAUGAGAUUGGAAACUUCUCGUGUAGUUGUCUAAUGGGUUAUGAAGGACGACAAUGCGAGAAUCGCAUCGAUUACUGCAAAAACAUCACGUGUUUGUAUGGUGGGUUAUGCGUGAAUGAGCUGCAUGGCUACCGCUGUAAUUGUCAGGCAGGAUAUAAUGGAACUCUUUGUGAGAAUACACCGUGCACCUGGCAGCCAUGUUGGCACAAUGCAACGUGUCGUCUCAAUGAUAACACCAUUCUUGGUUUUGAAUGUGACUGUUCGGUUCUAAACACAAUAUUUUCCUAUCGUUAUAACGGAGAGCUGUGUGAAAAUGAUGUUGAUAAUUGCGAUCCAAAAUACCAUGAUUUUGACGAAAGAAUUGGUUUGACAGAAAACGGUCUUUGUGGAUUCAAUGGUCGAUGUGUUGAUUAUGUUGGUUAUUAUAAAUGCGUUUGCUCUGAAGGCUGGACUGGAGUCAGCUGCCAGAUAGAUAUAAAUGAAUGCGCAAAGCGUCCUUGUAGAAACAAAGGAGAAUGUCGCGAAAAUAUUACCGGAGCAGGAUACGAUUGUCUCUGUCCAACUGGAUACACAGGAAAGAACUGUGAAAAACUCGUAAACUUGUGCGAAAACAAAGCAUGCUGUGCGGGAGCUUCAUGCAGCUAUGGUCUCAAUUCAUUCACGUGUCACUGUACCAAUGGAUUGAAAGGUCCUUCCUGUUGCUCAAAUAAAACAUGGUGUUCUGAAGACCUGUUCAAUGUAUCCACAUGUAAUAACCGUGGAGAAUGCUACAGUUUGGAAAACCGAUUUAACUGCUCCUGUGACAAAGGUUGGAAAGGAUCUCGAUGUGAGAUAGAUAUAAAUGAAUGUGAAAACAAUCCUUGUGUGAAAGGAAAAUGCAGGAAUACUCAGGGGUCGUAUGAAUGUGUUUGUGAAAAAGAUUACACCGGUGCUAACUGUGAUCAAGAAAUUGAUCGUUGUAAGGGGGUUAUUUGUCAGAACGACGGGCGAUGCUUGGAUGAUAUUCAUAAUUAUACCUGUGACUGUGCGCAAGGUUUCACGGGAAGACAUUGUGAAAAAGACAUAGAUGAAUGUGCUACCGAGUGUACUGGUUCUCGUGCCAUUUGUUUUAACACUCCUGGCAGUUAUCGUUGCAAAUGUCACAAAGGAUUUCAAGGCCCACCAAAAUGCGAAGAAGAUAUGACGUCCUGUACGUGUGGAAAUGGAACUUGUGAAAUGAUAGGCGGACAGGAAAUUUGUAAAUGUUAUUUGGGAUUUCAAUGGGAAGAUUUCAGAUGUGUUGUUUCGAUAAAGGCAGAAAAUCAAGCUUCUGGACGCAAGAAAGAAUCUCGUAAAUCGAUUACACUUGGUGUAUCGUUCUCAGUUCCUAUCAUUGUUUGCGUAGUUGUCAUGGUUACUUUUCUUUACCUGAAAAGACGACGAUAUUUGCGACGACAGAAACCCGAAGGAUCAGCAAUCUUCAAGAAUAGGGAUUCAAUAUAUUUGGAACCGAGUCCAGAUCAACUCGACAUGUUUUCAAAUCCGUUAUAUCAUAUGAACAAAGGUUUUUCAGAAGAUCCUGAAUUGACUAUUUCCGGUGACGAUUGUAAAGCAGAUUCUUCCGACUGCUAAGAAGUAGAUUAUACGAAAUUACUUCGUAUUUUAGGAUUUCCUUUAGUCUUGUGACGAAAUCAUCCACUCAAGUCUCAGAACAUGUGCGCAUGGUGAGUGACUAUUUCUUGGGUAAAUUAUUGAGAAAUUUUAUUGCAUAUUUUAAUUUAUGUACUUAACGAGGGUUUGAAACAUACGGAACCUUAUUAGAAAGAUUAAAUAAUUUUGAAUAUAAUAAUUUAAAUAAUUACUUUCACGCGGUUAUUACAGAAAGAUCCAAAAAUUACAUUCCAAAAUAAAGCAUCGCGUCUUAUAUUUGAAGCUUACAAAAGUAGAUAGUUGAUCGUUUGAUUAUAAAAGAGGCUAAAAC